ACGAACACAACUUCACGCCCAUUAAUAUUUUUUGCUGCAGCCUUUCCUCGCUGCGUCUGAAAACGUGUACGCGUCAGGCUGUGCGCGUAACGGAGAGCCCACCUGUCCGACGAAGGUUGAUUUCACUCCGUUUCUUCUGCGAUGUGAAUCUUCCUGAUUUCUGUGAACUAACGGCGUAGUCAGAGGAGCCUGACGGGUAACUCGGGGUCACAGAUGACUCGGGUAUGAACAUGUACAGCCCUCCGAUGAACAGAAACACAGAGGCUGAAGAGGACUGAGGCUUUCCAGGGAAAAAAGAAAAAAAAAAAACUUUUUCCGCUCUUCCACACGGAGAGGAUGGAUGGAGAACAUUUUGCGCUGUCAGGAGUUGAGAGAGAAAGAGAGAAGCUCCCACCAAUUUACAACAGCUCCCCUCCUGCUGGUUUUGGGAGAGGACCAAAGCAGCCGUUUCCAUCUCUGGGCACCUUCAUCUCCACACUGAGCCAGCGGAGGGACGCAGUGGGGCGGGGCCUGACUCGCGGCAUGACUGGCACUCUGACCAGCACCCAGUGGCUCAGACAUGGGAGAGAGCUGCCUCCGAUCUGCAGUGACGUUCGUCAAAAGCAGCGGCUCUCCAUUGACACUUUGCCCCCCGAGGUCAAAGCGCCGUUCCCCUGUGACCCCAUCAUCCCCUUACGUACCAAGACCACCAAGGAGUUUCAAGAGGACAUGGAGCAUGCCGUCCAAUCAGGAGACUGGAGGGAGGUCCGAGAGUUUUACCUGACCACCUUUGACUCUUUUAUAGAAAUCAACGCUGCCUUUAAGCGAGAGGCGAACGGAUCAUUUAACACCAUAGACGACUCCGGAGUCAACGCAAAGUUUGUCAACGCUGUUUACGACGCACUGCUUAGCACACCUCAGGAUAUCCAGAAGUCAGUGUUGAAAGGGAUCAUCAACAGCCUGCUGAGGGAGUGGAAAGGGCCUCGGACAAAGGAUGACCUGCGAGCUUAUUUCAUUCUUGUUCAGAACCCCCAGUACUCCAGCACCAGUACGUACGUGAUCUAUGCUCACCUGCUGAGGCAGAUCGCAUCUCUGUCUGAGGCUGACCUCCACUUCCUGGUUCACUGGAUCAAAAAGCUGUCGGCGAGGCGGUUCAGGCAGCUGGUAGAGCGCCUCCUGCAGUUCAUCUCCACCCGUCUGUUACCUGCAGAACCAGAUGAACUUCCUCCCCUGGCAAAGUGCUCCUGGUGGGUCCCCUCUGCUACCAAAGUCCUGGGUUUGUUCAAUGCAGCCAACAGUGUCUCCUCUCCUCCCAUAAUGCCUUUCACUGACUUCUACAACAUCACUCUGGAGCACAUAGACUUCAUGGAGGAGUACAGGACCUGGCAGAACUAUGGCAACUCCAAUAGAUUUUCCUUCUGUCAGUUUCCCUUCAUCCUUUCGACUGUGGUGAAGAAAGCCAUCAUCCAGAAAGACUCGGAGCAACAGAUGAUCAGUCAAGCCAGGCAAUGCCUGGUCAGUAAGGUUUCUCGCAGGCAGAGAGUGGACAUGAACCUUUUGUUCCUCAACAUUAAAGUACGACGAGCACAGCUCCUCAGCGACUCACUGGAUGAGUUGAUGAGGAAGAGGUGCGACCUGAAGAAGAAGCUCAGAGUGACGUUUGUCGGGGAGGCCGGGCUGGACAUGGGUGGUCUGACAAAGGAGUGGUUCCUGCUGCUGGUCCGACAGAUCUUCCACACAGACUAUGGUAUGUUCACCUACAUGAAGGACUCGCGCUGCCAUUGGUUCAGCAGUUGGAAGUGUGACAACUAUUCAGAGUUCCAGUUGGUUGGCACUCUGAUGGGCUUAGCAGUUUACAACAGCAUCGCUCUGGACAUCCAUUUCCCCCUCUACUGUUACAGGAAGCUCCUCACUCCACCCACUGCACCAUGUGACCAAAAUGCCUUUGGCAUGGCAACUGCCACCCUGGACGACCUGCAGCAGAUCAUGCCGGAGCUGGCUCAUGGUUUAGGAGAGCUGCUGAGCUACGAGGGAAACGUGGAGGAAGACUUCUACCUCACCUUCCAGGUGUUUCAGGAGGAAAUGGGCAUUGCUAAAUCCUACAACCUGAAGCCUGGGGGAGAUAAAAUCCCUGUCACCAAGCAGAACAGGAAGGAGUAUGUCCAGCUCUACGUCGACUUCCUGCUGAAUAAAUCCAUUUAUAAACAGUUUGCUGCCUUCUACCACGGCUUCCAUAGUGUGUGUGCCUCUGAUGCUCUCAUGUUGCUGCGGCCAGAGGAGGUGGAGAUGUUGGUGUGCGGGAGUCCCGAGCUCGACAUGAGCGCUCUGCAGAAAGCUGCUCAGUAUGAAGGAUACAGCAAGACCGACACCACUGUACGGUGUUUCUGGGAGGUGGUGUUGGCCUUCCCUCUCGAGCUGCAGAAGAAGCUCCUCCACUUCGCCACAGGAAGUGACCGCGUUCCUGUUGGGGGAAUGGCUGACCUCAAUUUCAAAAUCUCCAAAAUUGACGUCCCAAAUGACUGGCUACCACUCUCUCUCAUCUCUGUCUUUACAUCAACAUGUUUUAAUCAGAUCUGUCUGCCUACAUAUCGAACCAGAAAGGAGCUCAAACACAAACUCACCAUCGCCAUCUCCAAUGCUGAGGGCUUCGGCCUGGAGUGACCAGCUCUGGCACACACAUCUAUACACACACACACAUCUAUACACACACACACACACACACACACACACACA